AUGACAUACGGCGGAUCAGUGUCUCAAGAUGAAGUCACAAAGUUGGCUAGAGAAAUCCAAACUACGUCAAUGUCUUGCACCAAGAAAGAUGAGGUAGUAGACCCUUCGGAUCAACGUUUGAAAAAGAAUCUUAAAGAUGCUCGUAACACAGAAACUUGUGUGAAGCAUUCCCUUCAUCGACGGAUAUUCAAGAACUCGUAUCGGAAAAGAAAAGCAGUCGAUGAACAAAGGAAAACCUUGAACAUGCAACUUAGGCAAAAAUUUGCCUCGCCGUCAGACAGUUUGCUUUCACCGUGCUCCAGAAAACUGAAUGACCACAAGUCAAAACUUUUUGCCGCCAAAUCGCAACCAAAAAGAUUGGACUUUGUACAGAGCAAACAAAACAUACUACACAAGUCGAAUACAGAUAUCUAA